AUGUACAUUACAAACUGGGAAGAAUUCCAAAAAGCUGCUGAAGAAUUAUACAUUGCUUCCCCCGAAUUGACUCGUUAUGUCCAUACCUUUCAUCGUUCUGAUGGAGACCUUGUCUUGAAAGUCACAGAUGAUAGAACCAACCUGAAAUACAAGACAAACCAGAUGACCGAUUUGAAAAAGUUCAUCAGUUUGAAUAACUCCUUGAUGCUUAACAUGAUGAACAAACAACCCACCGAUGAGGACACAGUGAUACCCGAUGCUAUUCCAGCGGCAGUCAAAACAAUCGUUCCAGACGUAAAGGCUGCUUCACCCAAGCAAACACCAAAGGGAAAGAAGGGUGGUAAAAAGAGAAGAUGA